AUCUUUAACUCUAUGCCUUCAGUCAUGAGUAGCUGCCCUCUCUUCUCUAAAAUACAGUUCUCCUACUGUUGCUUGGACCCAUGCCAAGAGCGACGCUGGGGCACGGUGGCUUUCCUUGCCUUUUCACUCAUCUCCAUAGCCUGCCUGCCUCAACUGUAUGCCAUCCUACUCUUCAUCAGUGGGAAUGAGGCUAGUCGUGUUUGUGGUUCUUCCUCCACCCAACUGGCUCUGUUUACAGCCAAGUGUCAUCAGGUGACCCAGAGGAAGCUGCUCAGAUGUGUACCUGUUUGGUUCCUGCCCUGGCUGCUCUUACUCCUUAAUCUGGUGUUGCUUCCCAGGCAGCACACCUGGACUGCUCCACUUCUGUGCCAUACUGAUAGGACACAACUGUAUCGUUCUCUGCCAUAAAAUACAACAAAUUAUUGGGAAAAUGUUUUGUCCUCAUUGUCUCUGUCAUACCUUUUACAUUCUGUGAUUAUAUACCUUACCUUUGUUUAAAGAUUGUGCAUCCUUUAUUGGAGUGUUGCAGAAAAAAAAGGAUAUUGGGAUUUUCAACUUCCCCCUGCUUGGGCCUAUGUUCCUUACUACUCCAGGCUCAGGCUUCCCACCUAAAGCAUCUCACAGAGGUGAGAACAACAGUAGCUUGUUCAAGUCUGACUUACUACUACCUAGCCUUGGAAUGGCAGAGUUGGUUGCAUGAGUGAGUAUUGUCACAUUAGACUUUGUUGUUUAUUACAGAUUUGGGUCGUUCCCACAGGCAGCUCCCUCUAACAGACCCCCCAUGGAGGACCUUUCACCCAUGAACCCACAGCCUUGGCCAGCGCCUGUUCCUCAAUGGCUGCUGAAUGGGUCUGCAGCAGUGUCAGAUGCCCAGUUAUUGGAUGAGCAGAUGCUGAGGGCGGGGGUAUUGGCCUCCUUACAGGAUGCCCCUGAGGAACCAGAAGCCAAAGUGGAAGUGCCAAAGUCCUCAGUGUCCUCUCUGAAGUCAGUCAGGUUUACUAGGGCAUUUACUAGUAAAGAAGAGCAUAUUUGUAGUAGCCUUUAUGUACUAUAUUUUAUAGAGUAAUUUGUCAUAUAAUGCUUAGCUGAUUCCACCCAAAAGCAAGCUGUGAUCGAACAUAACUGAGUCAUCAAAUAAAAUAAUUGUAUUGAGCAGAAAUAUUAUAUAUAUACAUUUUUUAAAUUAAAUUUUUUCCUCACAGGCUUCAGCUAAAGCUGUGGUGGUGCUGGCUGCCACUAGACAGUUAGAUGGCUCCGUCUCCCUGCUCAUUGAUGACAGAGUUGGGGAGGAGGCUGUGAUGACAUCCAAAGGGAAGAGCCCCCUGCCACCAAGGAAUGCCUUAGGCCUGUCAGAUCAGCACAUGGUGGCCAACUAG